CGGAGCCGAGCCUUCCUCCGCGCGAGCCCGGCGAGCCUCGCCGCGGAUGCCCUGCCCUGAGCGCUCCGUGCCGCGCCAGGCUUGCCCGAGUCCGCGGCGAGACAUGCCCGAGCCCGGCGCUGCACCGACCUCGACUUAUCUGUAAGCAGCCGAAGGAACCAUGGUCAGUAAGGAGCCCAGCAAAUGCGCACUCACGACCUCGGCGAGUGAAGUGGAACCUGCCGCCUGCCUGGCCCUGGAGAUGAAAUAUGCCCUGGAUCCCAACCGGCAGAUUAAGAAGCGUAAUAAAGCCCUGCAGGUGCGGUUUAAGGAUAUCUGCGAGGCACAGAACGAGCAGAGGGGCACACAGCUCUCCUCGGGACAGCUGGGCGACAAGCCGGCGUCCUACAGGGCCACCUACCGCAAAUACAUGACCGUGCCCGCUCGGAGGUCCAUCCCCAACGUCACCAAGAGCACAGGUGUGCAGACCUCGCCGGACCUUAAGAAGUGUUACCAGACUUUCCCUCUGGACCGCAAGAAAGGGAAUCUCAAAGGCAUCCCAGCCGCGGAUGCGUUUAAAAGCCAAAACAAUGGGUUUGUAAUUGAUUCGAAAGAGAAGAGUGAGGAAGGGCCCGGGGAGGAGUCCCGGCAGUGGGGCGCGGACCGGGUUCAGAAGGCGGCAGCACUGGUUUUCCACUCCGAUGAGCACGAGAACGCGCUGGACCAGCCCGCCGGGGUCAACGGCGCAGAGCCACGCAAAACCCCCGACCUGCACCGCUGCCGAGAUGCUCCUCUCCAGAACUCCACUCGUCCUCCCUCCCAAGAGCCCGAUGACCAGCUGCACGGGAAAGCAACGCACGACCGGGCGACCCCGGACGCCGAGGAACCCGCUGCAUCGGCCCACGGCAUGGUGUUUAAGACGGAGGUGGCCACCGUUUACGCACCUGCCCCCGGCGCUGGGGCCCCCGGGCUGGCCUUGUCGAACUCCGCCCCCUCGAGCGAGUGGUCCCUCUGGCCCGUGGCCGACCAGGAGCGGAGGAAGGCCUCACAGGCCAACGGGCUCCAGGCCCCGCCGGGCGCUGCCCUGGCCUGCUCGCCGCCGAUGCAGUGCCCGUCCCCCGAAUGUAGUGAAGCGUCCCUGCAGACUCAGGCCCCCCCGGGGCGGGAGCACCAGCCUUGUCCGACAGCGCUCGCUGUGGGUGAGGAAUGCCAACAAAUCGUGCCUCAUACGGAAGUGGUCGAUCUGAAAGCACAGCUUCAGAUGAUGGAGAACUUAAUCAGUUCAAGCCAAGAAACCAUCAAAGUGCUCUUGGGGGUCAUUCAGGAGUUGGAAAAAGGAGAGGCCCAUCGGGAAGGGCUUUCAUAUCGGACUGGGCAAGACACAGCUAAUUGUGACACAUGCAGGAACAGUGCAUGUAUUAUCUAUAGUGUGGAGCUAGAUUUUAAGCAGCAAGAAGACAAACUCCAGCCAGUUCUGAGGAAACUCCAUCCUUUCGAGGAAACUCAGGUCGCACACUCGCCUUACUCUCAGGAGACUUACUCAACUCCCAAGCAAAAACCCAAAACUGAAUCUAAAAAGCACGGACGAUGGAAACUCUGGUUCCUUUAAAACUCAUGGUGUUUGGAGUCUAAAGGCCGUCUUUAAAACCCACUGGAGUUCAAAGUAAAUCCUUUUCCAAAACGAAUAGGACGGAGUGAACGGUGGCUGACUCGGACGCCACCAGUUCUCACCCUGCUUACCAAAAAGGCCUUUGUAACAGAUCAACUCACAGAAGCGAAGUAGUACAUGUCACACCUUGCCAGCUGUUCUUUGCAGUUCGUGGAUGUGGGAUGUAAAACCGGAAACGAAACUUAACAUAGUCAAAGAUGAUAGGUAAAAAUUCUAUGCCCGCACCCCAGAUCAGCAAGGAUUACAUUAUCAACCUGCAGAACGGCAGGCUGUCACUCUGUAACACAGCUAAAACUCAUAAUUAUUUUCAAGCCUUUAUUUUUUUUUUUUAAUACUGAGAAGAAAAAGUAGCCCUUACGUUUGCAAAGGACUUCACUUUUAUGUUUAAUUUUGCAAAUAAGCGGGGGGCGAGUGCAAUUUUCAGCACAUCAAAUUCCGGAGAAAGCACAAUUUUUUUCAAGUGGUCGGAGACCAUGAAUAAUCUCUAAAAUGUGACUAUAUGUAUAUUUGCCUCAUGUGCUGUAGCGCUAAGCCAAGUGACAUCUCAGCGUCACAAUGAAACCUCAAGUUCAGCGUUUGCUUCAACUCCAGACCGGCGACAGGCUUACUGCUCAUCCUCCAAAUACCCAGCAGCCAGGAGUCCCCCAAAGUCAGGACAUGCCUUUAAUCACUGCAAGUUGACAGGGUCAGAGCUAUCGGACACUAAGCUUUCAUAGAUCUCAUUUUUAAUCUUUUGGUACCCAAAGGCCAAAUGAUAAAUCCUGGCAAGAAUUUGAAAACACACGUGGAGAUACACAGCGGAUAAUACAGUCACCAAUAAAUCACAGGCGUUCUCUGCCACCGGAAAAUGUUUCUGUGGAUCAAUCUUUGAGACACUGUUCAUCAUGAAAGCUCAGCCAGACGUUUUAUACAAUUCGUUAUGCUUUGUAACAACUGUAGAAGAUCUGACCAUCUCAAAGAGAAACCGCGUGCUUAGUUUAGCUGCUACCAACAAACCAACUAACGUCACCUACAUUUAACCUAUUAGUGAGUUGUACUAAAUGACAUACCUAGGGGAAAGCUGUGAAUCAAAUGUUUUUAGGUCUUUUUUAAAUAAAUCGUGACACUUCGAGUUCUCUUUUGAUUACACAUUGCAAUAUAAAG